AUGUCGAGGCGGCAAGGGAAAGAGAUGGCGGCGGCGACGGCGGAGGAAAGGCGGCGACCUGGUGGCAAGAAAAAUGGCUGGCGUCUGGCAGGGCCGCCACAGCCACUGGACUGGCGCCUGGCCAGGACGCCUAAGAAGCAAAAUUCAGAUCUACCCACUUUCCAAUUCAUCAUUUUCUCUCUCCUAACUCUCUCUGUUGCAGCUGAAGAUGAUGUAAAGUGUCUGCAAGGUGUAAAAAACAAUUUGAAGGACCCACAAAGUAAGCUUAAUUCAUGGAAUUUCAAAAAUUCUUCUGCUGAAGUUGCUUUUGUCUGCAAAUUUGUGGGUGCUUCUUGUUGGAAUGACAAAGAAAAUCGAUUAAUUAGUCUUCAACUUAGAGAUUUUCAACUUUCUGGGGAAAUCCCAGAAUCUCUUGAGUUUUGCACUAGCAUUCAAAACCUUGAUCUUUCUGGUAAUUCUCUUACUGGUACUAUCCCUUCUAAGAUCUGUUCAUGGCUUCCUUAUUUGGUAACUUUGGAUUUGUCUAGUAAUAAAUUAUCUGGUCAAAUUCCAUCUGAUCUUGGUAAAUGUCAGUAUUUGAAUAAAUUGAUUUUGUCUGAUAAUCAGUUAUCUGGAAGUAUUCCUGUGCAAUUGUCUAGUUUGAAUCGAUUGAAUGACUUUUCUGUUGCUGGGAAUGGAUUAUCUGGGCCAAUUCCGGAGUCUUUUGCUCAUUUUGCCAAGUCAGGGUUUGAAGGGAAUGAUGGGUUAUGUGGGGAUCCAAUUGGGUCGAGUUGUAAUGGAUUAAGUAGGAAGAAUUUGGCGAUUAUUAUAGCUGCUGGUGUUUUCGGGGCGGCUGCGUCGUUGUUAGUAGGGUUUGGGGUGUGGUGGUGGUAUUUUUCGAGGGCGAGCCGGAGGAGGAAGGAAGGGUAUGGGCUAGGGAGAGGUGAUGAUGGUACUUGGAUUGAUAGGUUGAGGGCUCAUAAGCUUACUCAGGUUUCCUUGUUUCAAAAACCGCUUGUGAAAGUUAAUCUAUCGGAUUUGCUGGCUGCUACUGAUAAUUUUAGCGUAGAGACUAUUAUGAUCUCGACUAGGAUGGGAACUACAUACAAGGCUAUGUUGGCGGAUGGUUCUACUUUGGCAAUCAAACGACUUAAUACGUGUAAGCUGAGUGAGAAGCUAUUUAAGACGGAGAUGAAUAGGUUGGGAAAGCUUAGGCAUCCAAAUUUAGUGCCAUUGUUGGGUUAUUGCCUUGUGGAAGCUGAGAAGCUUUUGGUAUAUAAGUACUUGUCUAAUGGGACUUUGUAUUCAGUGCUACAUGGAAAAACGAUAGAAUUGGAUUGGCCGAUGAGGUUUAGAAUAUGUUUAGGUGCUGCCAGAGGGCUUGCUUGGCUCCAUCAUGGAGUGGAGCCUCCGCAUUUGCACCAAAACAUAAGUUCAAAUGUGAUUCUUCUUGAUGAAGAUUUGGAUGCUAGGAUCAUUGAUUUUGGGUUAGCAAGACUUAUUUCGGCCUCAGAAUCGCAGAAUCAGAGUAGUUUUGUUAAUGGGGAUUUAGGAGAGUUUGGGUAUAUAGCACCGGAGUACUCAAGCACCAUGGUGGCGUCACUUAAAGGGGAUGUUUAUGCAUUUGGUGUAGUUCUUUUGGAAUUAUUGACAGGCCUGAAACCAUUGGAAGUGAGUGCUGUAGAGGAAGGGUUCAAGGGGAACUUGGUGGAUUGGGUGAAUCAGCUGUCGAGCUCUGGGCGACUAGUGGAAGCCAUUGAUAAAGAUAUACGUGGGAGAGGUUAUGACAAUGAUAUUCUUCAGGUUUUCACAAUCGCCUCAAAUUGUAUAGUAUCUCGUCCCAAAGAUAGAUGUUCCAUGUUGCAGAUACCCAACUUUUGGUGGAAAGCUACCUUUGAGUCUCUUGAUGUCUGUGAUAUGCUCUCUUGUUUUGAGAUGCAUUAUCUGAACUGUGUUAUUUCAAAGUACUCUGCUGUACCAGAUACUGUUGUACUGUUGUACCAGUGGAAACAUCCAAAUGUAUUACCGCGAGUUAAAAGAGCAGUGAUUGUGUUUUGUGUAUGGAUGUCUCAACUCAAAGAGUUUAUUCGCCAAUGGGACAUAAUUUAUUCAAUUAUCUUCAGGAUUAGGAAAGAAAUCAGCCGUUUCCAGGCUUACAUGUUGCUUUUGUUUGCUGAUUUCAUCCUUUUGUUGGCUGAUAUGUUCCUUCUAUUGACUUAUUUGUACCUUUUGUUUGCUGAUUUCAUCCUUUUGUUGGUUGAUAUGUUUCUUUUGUUAGAUGAUAUGUUCCGUCUCUUCGCUGAUAAGUACAUUUUGUUGGCUGAUACUUUACUUUUGUUGGCUGAUAAGUUCCUUUUAUUGGCUGAUACGUUUUUAUUAAUGAAUUUGCAGAAUUAG